GUGGCUCCCAGCCUCCCCCGCCCCCUUCCCUCUGGGUCCGCUCCUCGCUCCAGCUCGCAUUUUAUCGCAGGCGGCCGGCGCAGCCCCUUCUCCCCAGCCCCGGCCCCGGCCCCGGCCCCCGCCCACCCCCGGGGUGGAGGCAGCAGCGCCGAGCCGCCCGCGGGAAGAAAGCAGCGCUCCGCCGGCUCCGCGCCCCUCCGCGGGGCCAUGCAGCGCCCCUGUGCCCCCGGUACGAGCGCAGCCCCUCGCCCCGCCGCCCCCCGCGCCCCCUGAGCGCCCCGCGGGGGCUCCGCGCCGCUCCGCGCCCGGCGGUGGGACGGGGCCGGCACAGGCGGCACAGGAAAGCUCCGCGGCUCAGCGCCACUGCCCCGCUGCCCCGGCCAUGGGGAAGGGGCUGGAGGGGACGGCGGCCCGCUGCGGGCUGGGACUGGGAUACCUGCUGCAGACGGUGGUGCUCCCUGCCCUGGCCGUCCUGGGGGCCAGCCGCCCCGGCUCCGCGGCGCAAGAUGAUGAUUUUUUUCAUGAACUUCCGGAAACUUUUCCGUCUGACCCUCCAGAGCCAUUGCCCCACUUCCUCAUCGAACCCGAGGAGGCUUACAUUGUGAAGAACAAGCCAGUGAAUCUGUACUGCAAAGCAAGUCCAGCAACACAGAUCUAUUUUAAGUGCAACAGCGAGUGGGUUCAUCAGAAGGACCAUGUGGUGGAUGAGAGAGUAGAUGAAACCUCUGGUCUGAUUGUCCGAGAGGUGAGCAUUGAGAUUUCCCGCCAGCAAGUCGAGGAGCUCUUCGGGCCCGAGGAUUACUGGUGCCAGUGUGUUGCCUGGAGCUCUGCAGGCACCACCAAGAGCCGGAAAGCCUACGUCCGCAUUGCAUAUCUCCGGAAAACUUUUGAGCAGGAGCCAUUGGGGAAAGAAGUGUCCCUGGAGCAAGAGGUCCUGCUCCAAUGCCGUCCCCCUGAAGGCAUCCCAGUAGCUGAGGUGGAGUGGCUGAAGAAUGAAGAGGUUAUUGAUCCCGUGGAAGACCGAAAUUUUUACAUCACGAUUGAUCACAACUUGAUCAUCAAGCAGGCCCGGCUUUCUGACACAGCCAAUUACACCUGUGUUGCAAAAAACAUUGUGGCCAAAAGGAAAAGCACCACAGCGACUGUGAUUGUCUAUGUGAACGGAGGCUGGUCUACCUGGACUGAGUGGUCAGUGUGUAACAGCCGAUGCGGGAGAGGCUUCCAGAAGCGCACGAGGACCUGCACCAACCCUGCCCCACUCAACGGUGGUGCCUUCUGCGAGGGCCAGAGCGUUCAGAAAAUAGCUUGCACCACUCUGUGUCCAGUGGAUGGCAAGUGGACAUCCUGGAGCAAGUGGUCCACCUGUGGCACGGAGUGUACUCACUGGCGCCGGAGGGAGUGCACGGCCCCAGCACCAAAGAACGGGGGGAAGGACUGUGAGGGGCUGGUGCUGCAGUCCAAGAACUGCACUGAUGGGCUCUGCAUGCAGGGUUUCAUUUAUCCUAUUUCAACUGAACAGAGAACCCAGAAUGAAUAUGGAUUUUCUUCUGCUCCUGACUCGGAUGAUGUUGCUCUCUACGUCGGGAUCGUCAUAGCCGUGAUCGUGUGCCUGGCUAUUUCCGUGGCUGUGGCCCUGUUUGUCUAUCGCAAGAACCAUCGUGACUUUGAGUCAGAUAUCAUUGACUCCUCAGCUCUAAAUGGGGGAUUUCAGCCUGUUAACAUCAAGGCUGCAAGGCAAGACCUCCUGGCAGUGCCACCAGACCUCACUUCUGCUGCAGCCAUGUACAGGGGUCCUGUUUACGCCUUGCAUGAUGUCUCUGAUAAAAUCCCAAUGACCAAUUCUCCAAUCCUGGACCCGCUCCCUAACUUGAAGAUCAAGGUUUAUAAUACCUCUGGUGCAGUCACUCCCCAGGAUGACCUUUCUGACUUCUCCUCCAAGCUGUCCCCACAGAUUACACAGUCUCUUCUGGAGAAUGAGACCCUGAAUAUGAAGAACCAGAGCCUUGCUCGGCAAACUGACCCAUCGUGCACUGCAUUUGGGACCUUCAACUCCUUAGGAGGUCACCUAGUAAUUCCCAAUUCAGGAGUAAGCUUGCUGAUCCCAGCAGGGGCCGUUCCACAAGGGAGAGUCUAUGAAAUGUAUCUGACAGUUCACAGAAAGGAGAACAUGAGGCCGCCUGUAGAAGACAGUCAAACCCUGCUGACACCAGUGGUGAGCUGUGGCCCACCAGGAGCCCUGCUAACCCGGCCCGUCAUUUUAACCAUGCACCACUGCGCAGAACCAAACACAGAGGACUGGCAGAUCCAGCUGAAGCACCAGGCUGCCCAGGGACCAUGGGAGGAUGUGGUGGUGGUUGGGGAGGAAAAUUUCACCACUCCAUGCUAUAUCCAGCUGGACCCAGAGGCCUGCCAUAUCCUGACAGAAACCCUCAGCACGUAUGCCUUGGUGGGACAGUCAAUCACCAAAGCAGCAGCCAAACGUCUCAAACUGGCCAUCUUUGGACCACUGUCCUGCUCUUCGCUGGAGUACAGCGUCCGGGUCUACUGCCUUGAUGACACACAGGAUGCCCUUAAGGAGGUCCUGCAGCUUGAGCGGCAGAUGGGUGGGCAGCUUCUGGAGGAGCCCAAAGCUUUGCAUUUUAAGGGAAGCACUCACAAUCUCCGUCUGUCCAUUCACGAUAUUGCCCACUCUCUCUGGAAGAGCAAACUGCUGGCUAAAUACCAGGAGAUACCCUUUUACCACAUCUGGAGUGGAUGUCAGAGAAACCUGCACUGCACCUUCACACUGGAAAGGUUCAGUCUGAAUACCCUGGAGCUGGUGUGCAAACUCUGUGUGCGGCAGGUUGAAGGAGAAGGACAGAUCUUCCAGCUCAACUGCUCUGUUUCAGAGGAACCUACUGGCAUCGAUUAUCCUCUCAUGGACUCAGCAGGCACCAUCACCACCAUAGUAGGGCCCAGUGCUUUCAGCAUCCCCCUCCCGAUAAGACAAAAGCUGUGCAGCAGCCUGGAUGCACCUCAGACCAGAGGCCACGACUGGAGGAUGCUGGCCCACAAGCUGAAACUGGACAGGUACUUAAAUUAUUUUGCUACGAAAUCAAGUCCCACUGGGGUGAUCCUGGAUCUCUGGGAAGCCCAGAAUUUCCCUGAUGGCAACCUGAGCAUGCUGGCAGCAGUUCUUGAAGAAAUGGGAAGACAUGAAACAGUUGUUUCUUUGGCAGCAGAAGGAAAUUACUAAUGCAGCCUUGGCGUGAACAGGAAGGACAGACGCAGAGAGCAGUAAUGCCCUGUUAUUGCAAACGAGAAUUGAAAUGAAAACCCAGACCAAUGAGUUACACAAGAGACAUUUCAGAGAAGAAAGCAAGGAAGCAAAUAAACAAAAAAACCAGCCCUGACCUUCACACAUGUUCUCCUUGUACAUUAUCACAGGAUCAAAAAGAAAUCAUGCAAAGUUGUACCUUGAAAAUAUAAAUCAACAUAAUGUUCCUCUCGGCUUGGCUGUACACUGCUUGGUACAGGAUUUUACAGUUUCCUAGGAAACGCUUUUUAUUGCUAUCCAGAUAUAUGGAUAAACUUUCUUAACAAUCCCACUUUCUAUGGAUGUUGUUUACAUCAAAUUCUGGACAGGGGUAAGGAGACUGUCCAUGGCUCUUUAUAUUUUUUGUUUAAAGCCAUUCUAGACAAGGCUAUGGACAGGUGGUUGUGGCUAUUAUUGGUUUCUGGUGAAUUCAGAUUUUGGCUACAAUUCUGCGCAUUGGUUGUCUUGCAAUGAUCCUCUUGUCAUCGUUCUGUUUCCUAGACCUACUUGUAAAAAAAAAAAAAAAAAAAGAAAAUCAGGGUUUGAGAGGUGUGCAUCUGGAAAGCAGGUACUCUGGCUGAUAAGCAGGAACACAGGUAAUGUUCCCUUCCUUUCCCGAGGCAGCCCCACUGAGCCUGUGUGGAGAACAGCUAUAAGAUGGUGGGGAAUGCAGGAUCUGAGUUAGUUUUCAAUUCACACCCUUUCCACCCCUUUGCUAUAUGAGGGGGCCAGAUAUGCAAUUCAGAGUGGUUGGGAGGGAGGGGGAUAGAAACGCAGAAAAAAAUAAAAGAGAAAAGUUACUAUGAUAAUUUUUUUACUGAUUAGUAUCUAGUGCAAGGAUUAUAAUGGCUAUUAUUAUUACCAUUAUUACUUUAUUUCUAAUUUUGUCAGCAGCAGAAUGAAUAAUUUCUGAUUUUAUGGAACCUGUUGUCCCUUUCCUGAAGGUCUUCUAAGACAUGUCCUUCUAUAUGCCAUCUGCCCUUCCCUUUGUCAGCUAUCAUACUCCUCUUCCAAAGUCCUCUGCCAGCCCACACAGGUUGCUCACCUUGUGUUAGCAUUGCUGUGCAUCAUGCUAGAUGCAAAGGCAGUAUAAACUGGUGACACUCUGCUGAAGUCACUGAUCUGCACUCACCAAGUAUCUGACCCAACACCCCUCCCUGGGAUGUUUUACACCACCCUGGUGCUUUCAGGUUGCUCCAAGAAGCAGUCUUGUCCCAAGGUGGCUGUGAACCAGAGGCAGCCUCCCAGUCCGAAUACACAUGGACCACUGGUUCAAGACCACAGGUGCAAGCAUGUGGAGGCACUGACAUUGGCCACCUGAUUUGUGCAUCCAAGGUGGGUCUUCAUAUUGUUUGCUUUGUUGUGUAGUGGUCUAAGAGCCAACAACUCCUGUUUCUUCCCCACAGAGCUGCAGGUACUCACUUUUACUGAAACCCACCACCUUCAGUAAUGUUUGCCAUGGUUGGGGUUACUGACAGUCCAACCCUCUGCUAGGCCAUUUCUGUGUGAGAUGCACUUGGUGAUCUCCAUGGAUACUCCCAGGCUUUGCUGCAGCCUGUGUCAUGUGAGUCUGUGUAGGGCAAUGGAGCGGUGAAGUUGAAAUCCCGUGUGCUGCAGUUUGCUGCCUUCACUGUGCUCCUGCCACCACUGCUGCCUAGUCAGGGAGCUGCAGGUUCUCACUGGCUGACCAGGAGAUGUUUGUCCCUCUAGGCCACCACAAACAGGUAAAGUUUGAAUUCUGCAAAAUGAGCAAACCAAAAAUGGUCGUCCCUGCAAACGUAUUUUGUGUUCUGCUCAGUGAAAAGACUGACUCUUUGAUACAUGACAGUGAAUAGGAUUGCUGUAGUUUUACUGCCAGACUUGUCUGUCCUCUACUUCUCGCACAAAAAGCCUUUCUUCCCCAGCCCACCCGCUCCAGGUUUCCAGCCAGGCCCUGGUUAUUGCUUUUGUGCACACAUGCAUGCCCCAUCCACAUACGUAUUCCCACUCCGUAUGCUUCCUGUGACUGGAGUUGGCUUGUUCUCUUUUGUGGUCUUGGUUUUGUUUUCCCCAAGGCUUUCCAUAUUGUGCUUUUGAAGGUAACUUUGAAAAUGUCAUUGGUCAAAAUGAAAAGAAAAUUUAAUCUGACCUUUUUUUCCAUUUGACAUUUCCGUAGGCUUGGCACCUUUUGUUUCUCAGCUCCCUGACCAGUAAAUAAGGUCAAUCAAAACCAGUGGGGUUUUGAUUGACCGCUGGGCAACAAGCACAAAAAGUUCCCUUCCUUGUAAGAGGUAACUUGGCAGUUUUCCAACCAGCAUUUCAGUGAAAACUGGAGACCAGAGGAUAUACAUUGUAACUUUCAACAUCUGUGUGCGUUUAGCCUGUGUCAGCCCCACCUUCUCUUAAUAUGGAGAUGAUAUGGACAUCCUUUCAACAGCCAACCAUCUUCUUGUUCACCUUGGGCAUCUGAUGCAGCCCAUUGCAAUGCUAAUGUAAAUUUUGCUUUCAACUUCAAGAGGCUUGUACUGGGGCUUUCAGCUCUGCCCUUUCUCCACACUUUUUACUCACCUUGGAGCACUAAAAUAGGUCUCAGCUUUUUUUUCUUAGUUUGUGCUUCUUCACCUUUCCCAUGUGUCCUUUCUUCAUGACUCUGCGUCCAAGGUGGGUGUAUGAGUUGAACUGUCCUUUGACCCUUUCCCAUCUUCAGCUCAGUCUGUGUUGGCUGAUCCCCAGGCUCACUGGUACUCCCCAGCUCUCAGCUUUUGCCAGGUGGGCAGCAUGUGCACCCUUCUCACUGGGGUCAUACCAGUGACACCCAGAAAGUGUCUCAUAGUUAUCUGUAUUGCUAUGAGUGGAUGCUCCUUUUGCCAGCUCUCUGACCUACAUUCUCACACCUCCUGCAAGAAGAACAGAUGAACAACUUUCUUAAAGUAUUCUGGGGCAUUUUCCUUUCCCAGCAUCACAGUAAAGGGGAUUUAUUGUGAGGAAAAAUACACACUGAUUAAGAGGAGCAUCCACAGAGGUGGUCAGGAACAUAACCAUUCAUCACUGAACAUGACUAGGGCAGGAGCAUCACCAUCACUGUGUGGUGGAGCUGCUCUUCUUCCACCCUGGCUGCUCAGAAACCUUCUGUCACCUGCUGCAAUCAUGAGCUGGAUGGUUUCUUCAGCACCUGCUCCAUAAGCCUUUGCAGGAUCCCAGUGCGGCACUGUGUCAGCUGCCCCGGCCCUGACAGGGCAGGGAGAAGGUUCCUCCAUAGAGUCACAGCUCAUCCCAGCAGCUCCACACUCAUUCUUUGCCACUGCUGCCAAAGCAGCUCCCACUUCACCUCACACUUCCCUGCAUUAAUUUUGCCCAGCUUUUUCUUUUUUUCUGGGGGUACAGCAGUGGCCAGGUGUGCAUUGUGGGAGAAGGCUCUGGCAGAGGCUAGUGGUAUUCACCAGUCAGCAUUCCAAUCCUGCUGCCCCAAGGAGGGAGGGUGGGAAGCAAGAGCAGCCAGAUCCGCUCAGGGUAUUAUUUUUCGUGGGAGAAAAACCAGCAGCAGUCCCUCCACUUGGAUUGCAUGGACACAGUGCCAUCUUGUGGGGCUGAGCAGUGGCUCCAGCGUGCUGCUGCCACCACGGCGAGCAACUUCGCGUGGGAAAACGCUUUCCUGUGGGGUGGCUCUGACAAAGACGUUUGGCAGACAGAACAGACUCUUAAAAGUUGUUGUAAAAUUUUAUGUCAGGUAAGCACAUCUGCUUUAAAAGAAAAAAAAAAAGGCUGCAGGCUUCUUAUCCUCCAGUUAUUGCUAUUUUUUAAAAUGCUUAUUGUUUUAGUUGUUCGCCCUUGGCUCUGUACCCGAGCAGUCUUGCUGCUCUCCACGCCAUCUCUUCAUUACAUGUUGAUUGCUAGCGCUAUAAAUAGUAUAUAUAUUAUAUAAAUAUAUAUAAAAUAUCUACUGACUUCGAGGAAAACCUUUAAUUUCCGAGUAAGAACCAUUUAUCGGAGGCAGUCCUUUUCACCUGAUUUUUUUCUUCAGUUCUUCUUGUGUUGUGUUCUUGUAAAGGUGACUGUCAGUGUAUAGGGUAACUUUGGGGUUCGGUUGGUUUUUUUUCCAAAAUUUCUGAUGGCAUUUGGAUCCACUGUAUCUCACUAAACAGUGUAAGACCUAAAUGCUGUUUUACUGAAUCUUGAAAAUUUUGCAGCAGUGAGGGUCUCCCAAUAUUUGCUUCCAUGGGAGACUGAGACUCUUUUCCAUCUCGCUGGCAGAAAUGCAGACACUCAUGAGAGACAUGUUGGAGUCUGCAAUACCCACAGAGCAAAACAUGUCUGUUCCUUGGGUUUCUUCCUAUUUCUGUUGCUUACAUAUAGAAUAAAUGUAUUUACAUGCUGUAAGCCCGUCAUUGUGGACAGUGUCCUAAUGUCUUGUAUUGCUACCUACAAUAGUUUCUUUUUUGUUCUCCUUUUCUUCUUCUGGGGAUGGGGGUAUGGGAAAGGGAGGGGUGGGAGGGCCCUUAGACCAUUGUAUGCUCUAGCCAAGUAGUUACCACAGCUCUGAGGUUAUUUUUAUACACAAUGAUACUGUUGAGAUUUGCUUGAUUUUGUGUUUGUUUGGUUUUUUUAAUCUCAUGUCUAUGACACUUUACUGUAAACUAUCUUACUAAGUGUUCAGAAGUCUUUUCAGGUACUACUCUGGCUCUCAUCUGGCCAUGAAGUAACUUACUGUUUGCAGGCUGGCUUGCUUAAUACCAGGCAGUACAAAGAUGUGAGUGGUUUGUGAAUGGAAACCAAACCUUCGGCCCUUCUCCCGCAGGGACUCCAAUGAGUUACUGGCUUUGGGUCACCACCGCAAUCCAUUCCUAGCUUGCAUGUGAAACCUUGAAUUCAGAAAAUGAGCUGCACUACAGAUUUUUAAAUGCUGGAGCAUGUAUCUCAGACAUCCUCCGAAGUGGGAAUUUAACAGAAAUGUGAAGAGUGUGUGUGUGUGUGUGUGUAUACACAUACAGACAAAGGGGAGAAAACAAAGGACUACUGCUGGAGGCUUUUAGCUCUGAUGUUAGUUAUGGGCAUCCUCUUAUUAUCAACUUUUCCUUGGGAAGGGGAAGGUUAAAAUUCAGUGCUGUAUCAUCACUGCAAGGUCAAAUAGGCAGUAUAUCAAAAGCCAACAGAGUAAAAACUGGCAAGUAACUGGAAUUGGACUUGAACCAAAGCCACGGAAAUGAGCCCUCAAGUUUGGUAGGUCAAGCUCCUUGCUUGAAUAGGAGCAUUUAGUUUAUUUACUUACUUGUCCUUUAAGCUUGACACUGCUGCCUGAAAUCUGAAAAUCCCUUUAUCUGAAAGUCCUUUGAUAAACUCUGCCUGUACGAAAAAGCAGUGAUAAUCCAGUGCUCCCACAAACCUCUAUCCUAAAUAGGUAUUUCACUUUUUCUGUGGUGCUAGUUAAAUGUAUUUAGUACUAGUUCGGUCUCCUCAACUGCUUACAAAGCCUGCCUUCUUCUCUCAAAGCAUCCCAUGUCAUGGCAUGUGAGUACCUUCUGGAUGCCUGUGAAGAAGCAGGAUGUAAUCAGGCAGGGCCCUCCCACAGCUAUGAGGUAGCUCUUCGAGCACUGGCACUCUGCUCUCCAGCUGCCAGCUUGCAGCUGAUGGGACAAUAGCCCCUAGAUGAGAAAAGCUUGCACAGCCCUCAGAGCUUCUUUGGCUGCUGCCAGCUGGCUCUUGCUACCACUUGCCAGUAAAUAUGGGAGCUUGCACGAUACAACUAAAAAGCAAAAUCAACCUGGAAAGUAAACAAAAUUAAGGAGGAGAGGCAAAACACUCUUCUCCCAUAGACCUUCCAAGGUACCUUGCAAAAACAUCUGAGCUGAGAGCCAAUAACCUACUUUGAAGUAGGGUGUGUAACACAGCUGAGACAGAAGUUGUGGCAUUAGCCGGCAUUACUGUUUUCACAUAUCUGCAUGGUAGACUUUAUUUGCUAAAACAUAUUCUGUUUGUUAUUGUUGAAGAGUGGAAAAAAAAAAAGUUAAGAUGAUAUCUUCAGUACUUUUCCAGAGCAAAGAAGGAGGGCCCAUAGGAAAUGAAACAUCUGUGCAACCGAGGUGUAUCACAUUUCUCCCUCCUCUUCCCAUGUCACAGCUCUACCGGGGUUCAUGGGAUUUGUUUUCUUUGCUAUUCAGAUCUGGAGAACUAUUUUGGUUUUGAUUUCCCUAUUGCUGUAUCUUCUAUGCAAUUCCUUUUCUAAAGACUGACUUACUACAGGAGAAGUGCUAGCCAUUGCAUUAUUUGUAUUGCUGUACAGUGGAGGUGUGGUUUACUAGUUCUGAGUGUGCCUCUUACCCCCCUCCCUUUUUCUCCUUCCCUCUGUUUGUAAAUGCCUGCAUUUAUUCUGUCAGCCUGACAUGUACAAAGUGUAAGAAAGAAUUUUUAAACAGGUAAUAAAUUAUAUUUAUAAGCAACUGGAAAAAAA